GCUGUUCGCCACCUGGGUGGUGGACUACUCCAGCCCCACCUCCGUGCCCAGGUGGUGCAGUCUUACUUUGAAGAAGCUAGUCAUCUUCAAGAAGCUGGCCAAGGACCUCAAGUUUGUGGUGAUUUCCCUGAAGAUGCAGGACUGCAAGGGCAUCCUUAGGUCCCAAGAGAUUGUGCUGCCCUCCAGGGGACCAGUGCAGACCGACCUGGCGCUGACCUUCUCCCUGCAGUACUCCCACUUCCUCAAGGGAGAAGGCAACAAGCUACAGGUCAUGCUGGAGCAGAGGAAGCUCUAUAAGAACAGGGCCGUCCUGGAGUACAAGACACUGGCCAAGGGCACCAUCCACAUGGCUGAGGUCAUGCAGCGAAACCCCAAGUGUGGCCAGAUGCUGAGCCUCUACAGCAGUGUCAAGGAGUCGUCCACCAAGGUGGCCGAAAUCUGGAUCUCCUCCCUGUGCAGUCAGCCCAUCGAACCCGAGGACGGUGUCAGGCAGGCCAGCCCGAAGGCCAAGUCUGCAGGUAACCACACCGAGGGGCAGGAUGAGAGCUCCUUUUCUGAGCGGGAAGCCAGCUGCAGUAGAAAGCACAGACAGGACCUGCACAAGGUUGACUUUGAGAAGGAGAAGCCAAAGAAGCAGCGGCGAUCAUUACGAGGAAACUUGAAGCGAAAAGUCCUGGCGCUGACCAUGACCGGGCAACAGACCUACCAUGAGAAAGUCCUGUUAUGGCUGCACACAGUCCAAGUGUCGGAGGAGGUCCUGGACCCUGAGCAGGACCCUGGCGAGCAUGUCCUGGAGGUGGAGGAAGACCUGGACCUCCUGUAUGACAUGCUGGAGAACCCCAGUGACAGUGGCCCCGACAUUGAGGAUGAUGACAGCGUCCUCAGCACCCCCACACCUAAGCUCAGGCCAUACUUCGAAAGCCUGUCUUGCGUGCCAGACAUGAAGGACAAUCACAGCGUCCUCAGCAGCCCCAACCCCAAACUGAGGCCAUGCAUCGAGGGCCUGUCAGACUCCAGCUUGCAGAUGGAGAUGCGGGGCCUCCACAGCACCAGGAUCCGAAAGGAGCCUCUGAGUCUGGCCCACCUGCCUGGGAACACGUGUGUCCCGGGAGGCAAGCAGCCAAGCCACAGUGACUCCAAAUUUGUGGCCUACAGCACACCCACCACUAAGUGCCGCCCACAGGCACUGGAGGACAGUCGGGAGGCAGAGUCCUCUGCCCGGCGUUGGUUCACCAGGAAGCUGCCAUCCAUAGUGCGCUUCACCAAAUCUCUAGUCAUCCCCUCCAGCAGGUCCAAGAGGAAGCAGGCUGGCCACCGAGGCUGUAACACAUCCCUGAAUGAGUGGUUCAACAGAUGGGACAACGAGGACCCAGAACCACAGAGCCAGCGGCAGAUCCCUAGGAAGCCUGUGUGUGACCAGCUAAACAACAUCCUCAUUUCCCACGACAAGCUGCCUGAGAACAUCAUCCUGGUCAACACCUCAGACUGGCAGGGCCAGUUACUUUCGGACAUCCUGCAGGGGCACACGCUGCCCAUGGUGUGCACUUGCUCCACAGAUGACGUCCAGGAGGCCUUCAGCAUCAUCAUCUCCUGGAUGCAGAGAUACUGCACCUGCACUUCCCAGGCCCUGACGCCUGUGAAGAUCGCGGUGGCAGGAGCACAGCCCUACUUCAGCGCUGUGCUGGGGGUCUUCGUGGAACAGCUGUCCCACCAGCCACCCAAAUGGCUGGACUACAUGCGCUUCCUGGUCAUCCCGCUGGGUUCCCACCCCUUGGCCAGAUACCUGGGCUCCAUGGAUUGCCGCUACGACAACUUCUUCCAGGACCUGUACUGGUCGGACAUGUUCAACAACCUGGAUUCUCUGAACAUCUUGCAGGACACACAGGACGUUGUGUCGAGAAUCACAGAGUAUGUCGUGGGGGCCAAUUGUGUCUACCUGCUGCCCAUCGCAGAGGCCACGCUCAUGUCUAAGCAACAGCGCCCUGACGAGAAGUCCUCCAAGAGGCUCAUUCCCUUUGUGGGGGCAGUGAUGGUUGGAAGAGUGGAACCAUCUUCAGCCAUGUCAGGAGACUCAGAUGAUGCGGCCCCCUCAUCCAACACCCUCUUCCCCCCGUCAAUGAGUGGGGGCCUGUCCUCCCCCAGCCAGAGUGUCCAUGCAGAGAUGAUGGAGCUGCAGGUGCAUUACUGGACGGCAGCCCAGCCAAUAGACACGAAGAGAGUAGCGGAGAAGAAAGACCUGCCUACCGCCAAGAACACACUCAAGUGCUUCUUCCAGUCUGUCCAGGUCAGCAGGCUACCCAGCAGUGAUGAGGCCACAGCAACACCCGCCAUGUGCAUGACAGUGGUCACCAAGGAGAAGAAGAAGAAAAAGGCGCCCAAGAAAACCAAGGACGAAGAUGUUGAGUCCAAAAGCCAGUGCAUCAAUGGCAUCAGUCGCCUGGUUUGCAAGGCCAAGCACCAGCAGAACAUGCUGCCGGUCAUCAUUGACGAUGUGGAGUGGAACGACGUGACAUUCCUCCAGCUGGCAGCCCAGUGGUCGUCCCACGUCAAGCACUUCCCCAUCUGCAUCUUCGAACACUCCAAUUCCACCUUCUAGCCCUGCCCCUCCCCCUGCCCUUCACCCUGCCUUGGCCAAGCCCAGAAGGACCCAGCUGCUUUUCUGUGAACAGUUCAGUUUACUACAGACACAGACCCUGGAAACCCAAAAAGAAACCGUUUGGGGUUCGAAUGCACUCACAGCCUGGAACUUAAGGGGGUUGCCCCUCACUGGGAGCUCCUCACUGGAGGGCAGUGUUGAGCUGGAGAAUCAUGGGCGAUGUGUUUUGGCCUCAGGAUGCCCAAUAUUCCCAGCGAGAAGGUUCUGGCCUUGAAGACCUGCCCUUCCUGGAAGCCAGGACUCUGCUUCCCUGGAAGCCAGCUCCAGCCUGUAUGCAGCCUCAGAGCUGGGUGGCAAGAGGUCAAGGGCUGGCCUCUGAUUGUGGGCAUCUGAGCCUUACCACUUGGAGGUCAGUCAGCCCAACCUUAGGAUCCAGCUGCCAGCCAGCCAACUGGCCCCAGCACCACAUACUCGGGGUUCCCAAUGAACUGCAGCCUCACAGGGAGAGAAAAAGGCCUGUAUGGUGCACAUCGCCCUGGCACACUGGCUAGACAAAGUGGUCGAAUUCCUGAACAGUGAACCCAUCUUUGUUCCUGUCUGAUACUACAGAACAUUGCUACCACCCAACAGCUGUGGGACCAAUUAUUUACCAGGUCACUGCACUCUCUGAGUGUUUGUUCCUCUGAACCCUCGGUGAACCCCGGAGCCAGCUCAUAGGGCAAUUGUAGGGACUGGCUGGGUCCUCCUGGUAAGUUUUCCUGGGUGCCUAGACAGUGGAGAGGUCUGCUGGAGGGGCUGUGAUUGAGCCAAUUGGCCAUUUUCUCUUCCUCUUGAGGAAGCCUCUGCCAAAUUUGUGAUUCUCUUUGGGGCCUUGGGCUAAGCUCUUUUCUCAUUUCAUCAAGAGAUUGGAGAUCCCAUUAGGGGUCGCUGUCCCAGGUGAAUCCAGAUCAGAGAUGCCAGGGGUGAGCAUUGGGGUCCCAGGGUGACCCAGCUAUCUGAGAUGGGGCUGGUUUGGGCUCAUUCAUUCAGCAAAUAUAUUAGAAGCCCAGCCAUGUACAGACACAUCUCUAGGCACUUAGCAUAAUCCAUCGCACAGAGCAGACCCCAAGUCUGCACUCCAGAGUUUCUUUCUAGUCGGGAGCGAUUCAGUCACACUAGGCUUCACAGGCUCGUAGUGUCCACAGGACUGCCGAUGUGAUGUCCUCCUGGCCUCCUCUCCCUAUGGCUGCAUCUUCCCGUAUUGUGAAGAGGAAGGUGAACCUCUGUUCCAGCAGAAAACAGCUGUCAGUUAGGAGUGCUUUCUGCCAGCCCCUCCUGAGUGACCAGGCGCGUCUCUGCCAGGACUUCCAGGUUGAAGGUGGACAAGGAGGCCAUCUCCUGCAUCCUGGGCAUCUGGCUGGACCGGUACCUCCAGAAUUUCCCAGCCUGAUGAUGCUGUUGGCCUCCAUAGAGCUCAACUUUCCAGUCCCUGACCUGCCAAACCAGGCCCAGUGGCUCCAUUCACGGUGGAGCACUUGAGCCCACUGAAGCCGAGAAAGGAGGAGGCGGCGGCCUCCGGGGGUGGUGUGGGUGAGUGUGCCUUUGGAAGGCACACAAAAGGCAGUGAGGGUGGUAACAUGUCCUCCUCUUGGAUCUGCAGAACCAGCUCCAGAGCAACAUCAGGAAAACCCUCGAGAGGCAACGCCACCCUAGUGACCUUUCCAGAGCCAGAGCCGGACCCAGGGCCAGCUUUCACUGAACUUCAAGAGGCAGAAGAACCACCUGCAGCAUCUCACCCAACUCCUGCGAAGCCAGAUCCCGGGCCACAGCACGUGUCAGCUGCCAUGGCAGAGAGAGCACCCCCACCCCCACCCCCAUUUAGAUGCAGUGUUAAAUGUUUUUUGUUCAUGUUAUAUAUAUUUAUAAUUGUACUGUAGUUUUUAUGAUAUUUAAUAACAUAGAGUGUAUUGUAGAAAACAUUUAAUGAAAUACUCACAAAUAUAACCUUAAUUUAGAUUCUAUAAAAUUUAACCCUAUUAACCCUCAGAACUUUGAGCAAGUCUGUUUUUCUGGACCCUGA